AUGGACAUGCACCUCCUUAGCAGUAUCAAGAACCGGUUUUCUAGACAUUGGAAGGUCAAGUUUCAUCAUCCUCUUCGUGAAGCUGAAUUUCUAGCCAAACAUGGAGGCGGAGCCGCCACUAUCAAGUUUCAGUUUCAUCACGCUCCUUCUCCUGCAGACACCAAUGCCGAGCAGAAAAUGGAUUAUAUUAGUGAGUUGCCUGAUUGCAUCCUGGCUGAUAUCCUAUCAAUGUUAUCCAUGAAAGAUAUGUUAAACACUUGCUUACUAUCUAAAAGGUUGUGCAACCUCUGGCAUCUCAGGAGAGAUCUCAAAUUUGAUCAGCUCAAUGUGCUUGGAAGUGAUGAAGAAUUGCGACGAGCUGGAUAUUAUGUUGAUGUUCUGAAAAAUGGUAAUCAAUGUGAACAUCUUCAUUUGGACGUGCUUAGGGAUGAAUUUGUGAGACGUGUUGAUCAGUUUGUGAAGAAUUUUAAAGGUGACAUAAUUGAUUCUAUCGUGGUGCAGUUCAAUUUAAACCUUGCAGAGAGUAACAUCAUUGAUCAAUGGAUCCGGUUUGCAAUUUCAAAGGGGGCGGGAAGAAUUGAUGUGCUCUUUCUACCAAGGCGGUGUUAUAGUUCCAGCAAUUGUUACAAGUUUCCCUUUGGCUUAUUUUCUGAGUCUAAUAAUUCAGCACUCAAGCAUUUGCAUCUGCUACAUUGUCUCGUUUGUCAUCCAGAAAACUCUGACCUUUUUCCGUUGACAAAUUUGAGAAGUUUAGUACUUGAAGAAUCACAUGUGGAUCAAAUCUUGAUCACAAGCCUGGUUUCUAAUUGUCUGCUACUCAAAGAGCUCAGCUUAUUUUCAUGCACAUUUAAAUCAUCGACCUUGAAAAUAGUGAGUUCAUCGUUAUGCCAUCUCAAUCUUAAGGGGUGCAGAUUUGCACCUGAGACUUGGCCUUUUCUUUCUUUGGAUUGCCUGAAACUCACUUCCUUUGAGUUUGACAUGUUUAGUUUGCUGAAGCGCAUAUCAAUUAAUGCACCUCUACUUAAGAGCAUUUACUACGCUAGUUACCUGCGUCUAAUACCUAAUUCAAUUGCCCGCUUUCCAUCUCUUCCUCAGCUUGAGAUUCUGACUUUGCAUGUCUGCUACUCUCCUCAGGCAAACAUUUCACUAAAAGAUACUUCGGCCCUGGAAAAUGUCAGACAAUUGAACCUGUCCCUUUAUAUGGCACAUUUGUAUGAAGAUAGCGAGAUUCAUAUUGGGUGGAUUUUAACCAUCCUUCAAGCUUGUCCUGUUCUGCAGAAACUUUCAGUCAUGUUUAUAGGUCCGAAGUUUUUUACAGAACACAGAGAUAUUCAAGAUCAUGGAAUGUCCUAUCACAAUGAGAUCAAAGUAGUUGAAAUGAGGGGCUGUGUGGGUAACUGGUAUGAAAUUGAGCUCGCUAAGAAUAUUUUAAAAUAUACCAACAAACUUGAGCAAAUAGUUUUGAGUCCUUAUUGGAAAGACGGAGACAUGCAUGGUUGGAAAUCUCAUCCAAAGUGGUUUCAGAAUGGGCGUGAAAGAACUCGUGAGAAGCUUAGUCAAGAAGUUGGAUGGGCAGAAGUUAUACGCAUAUAAGAGUUUAUAACUUCUGCAUCUUUUAUGUUUUAUCAUUUGUUUUGUUAUUUGAUAGACUAGUAUGAUUAACAUUGCUGAUAAUUUCAUUUCUUGUUAUUUAUCCCAAUUAUGUUCAUUUGACUAAUAUGUACAAUUAUAUGUAAGGUGACAGCUUCUAAAGUGUG